AUGGACGGCGAUGCUGACUUCUACGGGAUUGGAAUCAGACUCGGUCUCUACGCCCAAUCGUUAACUACGCUACUUGUAACGCUAUUUGUGCAGGAAGAAGAAGCUGUGAACAGAACCAUCAACUUACUCCUGCAACUAGCCAUAUUCGCUGGCACGCUUCUCUCUACACACGCAGGUACUAUUCACGCCUUCGAAGUUAUCAUCGUCUUCUGGAUACUUGUAGGCGCGCUCUCGAGCUUGACUGGAAGCGGCAUAACCGAUAUCAAUUCCUUCUCGGGCACUUGCCGGCUUCUAUUUUACGCCGCGCUGUCGGCGUACGGCUGCUGGUUCUUCUUCGUCGGCCAGGACACUAUGCAAGAGACUCCAUGUAUGCAGAUCGUAUUCUUCGGCAAAUCUACACUAGAUGGCUGGUUUCGGACGGUCGGAAAAGUAAUCUCGAUCACUAGCCUUGUUAUCAUAAUCGGUCUGCUUGCGUGGGCUGCCACUACUUAUAUUAAAAAAGGAGGUGGGGAACAGUCACGAUGUCGUUCCGGUCGACCUCAAACCGAGAUUACACUCAUGCUUCUCUCGUUGGCCAUGGUCGUAUUGUCCAUAAUCUCGACUGAGCACGUAAUAAGAGCGAAUAAUCUCAGUGGUGUAGACGAUAUAUUCGAUGUUGGACAGGUGUUGGCGUUCCUUGUGGGGCUUUUCCAGUUGCUUGAUGUUCUAAUUCCCAUCUUCUUUGAGCACCGUCUAUGGGUACCUCGAUGCUGGCUUUUACUUGGACAUCAUCUUACUUGA